GUGUGUGUUCAUUGUAUUUUUCAUAUAUAAUUGAUUUGUAGAAUUAAGGUAAGGUAAGAAAAAUGAACAUGGACUUGUCUCCCAAGUUUCCGGCAAGGUUCACAGAGACCGAAGCCGGCGUGUACUACCACUGGGCAGCUGCCGAUUCUCAAGUCCUUGGUGAGGCCAAAGUUGCAGCUGGUAAGCUUGUGUUGAAGCCUCAGGGCUUUGUUCUUCCUCACUAUGCCGAUUGCUCCAAAGUUGGUUAUGUUCUUGAAGGUAAAUGUGGAGUUGCAUUAACAGUACCAGGCAUUAACACAAAGGAAAACAUGGGUUACAUAGGUGUUAAAAAAGGGGAUGUUUUACCAAUUCCCUGUGGAUCAGUUUCAUCAUGGUACAACUAUGGAGAUUCAGAUGUGGUUAUAAUAUUCAUGGCUGAUGCAACCAAGGCCUAUGUCGCCGGAGAAAUCACCUAUUUCUUAUUAACCGGACAACAAGGUCACUUACGGGCUUUCUCCCCCGAAUUCAUUGCCAAAACUUACCAAAUCAAUGCCGACAAGGCUAAAAACCUUGUUGGCAGCCAAAAGAGCGUGUUGCUUAUCAAGCUUAGUGAAGAAGAAGCACGAAAAAUCCCAAACCCGAACGAGGAGGUAUCAAAUAUUUUGGUCCACAACAUGGAUGCUUCACAACCCGACGUUGAAGUCGAUAAUGGUGGCAAAUUGACUACCAUAAAGGGUACGGAGUUUCCUUUGCUUGAACAAGUGGGGAUUGAUGUUAGUCGCUUGGUGCUUGAAAGCUGCGCCACCAGGGCACCGUCUUACGCAACGGAGCCACAAGUUUGCUACAUCGCGAAAGGAAGUGGUGAAGUGCAAAUUGUGGGUAUCAAUGGCAAGCUUGUGUUGAACACUAAAGUGGAAACUGGUCAAUUAUUUGUGGUGCCGAAGUUGUUCGCGGUUGUUGUAUCUGCUGAUGAACAAGGCAUAGAAUUGGUCUCAAUUGUAACAUCUACAAGAGCCGCAGUGGGAGAAAUAGGCAGUAAAAAUUCGGUUUUGAAAACAAUUCCAUCAAUAUUGCAAAUGAGCUUUAAUGUGAGUCAAGAAUCAACUCAACAUUUCCUGCAGAUGUUGGAAACCGGCACCAUUGUUGUCCCUGCAAUGAAUUUGUACUGAUCUUAAAUGCCGGUCAUGGAGUGUGAUCAAUAAAUUUAUGUUUCUCCCAUCUGUGGGUUUUAAUAAAAAUGUAUUAUCCAUCCAUUAAAAUGAGUUGAUUUAUAUUCGAGAUCAAAGUUUAAUUCAUAGUAUCACUUAUAUAAUAGUGUAACCUAUAUCUGUGAAUGUGUAAUUUAUGUAGUCUAAGUAUAUUGGAAUAAAGUGGUUUGUCAAAUUUGAAUAAUAUAUUCAUUUUAAAGUGCUA